GAACGGUAGGGUUUAUGCCUCCUCUUCUUCCCGGAAUCUGAACGACGACCAAACUCUUUAACCAUGAACGCACACAGCUCUCAUUCUCUCUCUCUACUUGCUCACUGAACAUUCGCCAUUUACCAUAUAACUCAAAGAUGAGAAAUCUGCGAAUUCUGUCUCCUCAUUUCUCAAGGAUUCGUAAAACCUUCGCUCAAAACCCUUCCUCCGAUUCUCCGUCCACUCGUCACAUAAAUUUUCCUGGGUUGGAAACUUUUGCAUCGCCAUCAUCGGUGAACCAUCGGAAUUACACCACUGCUUCACCCGAAUCAAGACCAGCUCCUUCUGAGAGAGUUUCGGCCAUUGUGGAUGAGAUCUCUGGUCUCACGCUACUCGAGGUUGCGGACCUCACGGAGGUUCUUCGGGAAAAAUUGGAUGUGAAGGAGAUGCCGGUAAUGACAAUGAUGAUGCCUGGGAUGGGGUUCGGUGGCUUUCGAGGUGCCGGUAAAGGUGGUCCUGGAGCGAAAGGCGUUGAGGAGAAAAAGGAGGAGAAGACGGCGUUCGAUGUGAAGCUUGAUGCUUUUGAUGCUGCGUCCAAGAUCAAGAUCAUUAAGGAAGUGCGGACGUUUACGAAUUUGGGUUUGAAGGAGGCUAAGGAUUUGGUGGAGAAAGCGCCUACCCUUUUGAAGAAGGGGGUGACUAAAGAGGAAGCUGAAACCAUUAUUGCCAAGAUGAAGGAGGUUGGCGCCAAAGUUUCAAUGGAGUGAGGAUGCUGCAGAAAAUACCAAUCUUUUAUGGCAAUUUUCAAGUCAUGGCAGCAGUUGAAGAUAUAUCGUUGUGUCUUGAAAUUCAUUUGGGAUGGUUGAGGACAUGGGAUUGUUUGGUUUCCUUCAAAAUAUAUGGAGCAUUCUUUUAUCAAAACUUUCCAUAUUUUUUGCCUCGACAUGGAAUUGUAUUGGUGGAUAGAUAUUUCUUGGUACUUGCCAUUUGUAUUCAUAGGUAUCGAAUAACUUAAAACACACCACCCAUUGAAGAAGAAAGUUCACGACAAUGAGUUUUUUUUUUUUUUCUCUUGUAUUCAAAGACAGUGGAAGAACAAAUCACCAGCUUCAAUUCACUCCUCUUAAUGCAAACUAUGUAAACUCGAAUAGUGGUGAUUGAAGCCUAUGUAACAUCAUGGCUAAACUUCUAAUUCCAUCGACCAUUUAAGAA